UGAAAAGAAGUAUUCGUUUUUUAUUUUCAUCCUCCAUUGUUCUCCUUCCUUCUUGUUUCUGGUGACAGACAAGAGUCCAAGAAUGUGGAAUGAACUCUGGGGAACAUCAGCUGAGGAAAGUGAUGCGACUUCAGUUUUCGCGCAUCCAUUUGCUUUCUUUUCUUCAAACUUUUUUCUUGGGAAUUUCAGUGGAUGAAGCUACGGAGAUUCGAAUUUGUGCUUGUGUAAUUUCUUGGCGGUAAUGCCAUUGCAAAACUGCGAAAAUGAGAGGUUCUCUGGUGAUGAAGAUCUUCGUCAUUCACAGCCUCCUGCUCUUGCUGCUGCUCCGCUAUUCCGCUUCAUAUCCAUUGUGCACUGAUUUGAAAGCACCCUUUGAUGCCAAUAAUGCCAGUCUGCCCUUUUGUCGAUACAAUGGCAGUGUUUGCUGCAAUUCCGCUCGCGAUCUACAGCUGCAGAAGCAAUUCAAAGCGAUGAACAUCUCAGACCGUGGUUGUGCUUCUCUUCUAAAGUCAAUUCUUUGUGCGAGAUGUGAUCCAUUUUCAGCUCAACUGUAUCGAGUCGAACAAGCACCUCGUGUGGUUCCUGUUCUCUGCAAUUCUUCAAUUUCCGUGAAUUCAACACGGUCCCAACUCUACACGCUUGAUUUCUGCUCAAAUCUCUGGGACAAGUGCCACAACACAUCCAUAUUAAAUUCUCCUUUUGCUUUUGAAAGUAGAGCCAAAACAACACCCAGUUCUGGAAGCAAGAUAUCCGAUUCAUGGAGUUCAGCAGUAGAGUUUUGCAACGAAUUUGGUGGGGCUUCUGAUGACACGUCAGUAUGCUUCUCUGGUGGGCCAGUUAAGUUAGGUAGUGCAGAGAAUUCAAGCACCCCGACUGGCGUUUGCCUGGAGAAACUCGGGAAUGGUUCCUACCUUAAUAUGGUAGCUCAUCCUGAUGGUUCAAAUCGGGUGUUCUUAUCCAAUCAACCUGGUAAGAUAUGGCUCAACACGAUCCCUGAGCAGGGUUCGGGAGAGAUAAUAGGAAUUGACGAGUCAAGCCCCUUCUUUGAUCUGACCGAUGAAGUGCAUUUUCAGAGCGAGCUUGGGAUGAUGGGACUGGCAUUCCAUCCGAAUUACCAGAAUAACGGCCGGUUCUUUGUUUCCUUCAAUUGUGAUAAGACCAAGUGGCCUUACUGUUCCGGUAGGUGUUCGUGCAACUCGGACGUGGGAUGCGAUCCUUCGAAGAUAGGACCGGAUAAUGGGGCAAACCCUUGCCGAUAUCACAGUGUCAUAUCAGAGUUCACCGCCAAUCAGUCUUCACCGGGAGGCAAAGUCAAUCCAAAUGAAGUGAGGAGAAUAUUCACGAUGGGCCUCCCGUUCACUACUCAUCACGGCGGUCAAAUUCUUUUCGGUCCAAAAGAUGGGUACUUGUACUUCAUGAUGGGCGAUGGAGGGAGUAUCGGCGAUCCCUACAACUUCUCGCAGAACAAAAAAUCCUUGCUCGGAAAGAUUAUGAGGCUCGAUGUCGAUAACUUACCAGAUUCGACGACCAUUAGUGAAUCUGAACUAUGGGGAAAUUAUUCGAUUCCUAAAGACAAUCCAUUUUCCGUAGAUAAGGAAUUAGAACCCGAAAUUUGGGCCCUGGGAUUCAGGAAUCCUUGGCGAUGCAGCUUCGACUUGGAAAGGCCUUCCUACUUUCUUUGCGGAGACGUUGGCCAGGAUGUAUACGAAGAGGUGGACAUAGUCACUAAAGGUGGAAACUAUGGAUGGCGCGUCUACGAGGGCCCGUUCCUGUAUCAUCCCCCACAGAGCCCCGGCGGCAAUACAUCUGCUAGCUCCAUCAAGCCUAUUUUUCCUGUGAUGGGAUAUAAUCACUCCCAGCCCCAGAAUCCGCAAGGUUCUGCAUCGAUCACCGGAGGCUACUUCUAUCGGUCUAUGGCCGAUCCGUGCUUGUAUGGAAGAUACCUGUACGCGGAUCUGUAUGGCAGUGGCGGCAUCUGGGUGGGCACGGAGAAUCCUGAGAACAGCGGCAACUUCACUAGCGCUCAAGUCCCUUACACCUGCGCAAAGGACACUCCUAUACAGUGUGAUGCCGAAAUCGAGUCGUCGCCCGCUCUAGGCGCGGUAUUCUCUUUCGGCCAGGACAAUAGCAAGGACACUUUCACGUUGACAAGCAGUGGAUUGUACAGGAUCGUGAGUCCUAGCCGAUGCAACUACGCUUGCUCUAAAGAAACGGUGACCUCCUCUCAUAGCCCUCCGGCGUCCGCUCCUCCUCCUUCACCGUCUACUUCAGCCGGGAUGCCACGAAGGCACUGGGGGCCGGAGUUCUUACUUCUUAGUCUCAUUCUUUCUUAUAUGCUCUUGUUCGGUUUUUGUUGCGAUUUGUAACCACUUUGCAUUCAUGCUAUAGUCUUCCCUCUUUUGAAGCUCUCUGUUUUUCUUUUUUCUCAUUUGUUCCGGGAGUUUCUAUGUUGAUAGAACUUUUGCAACUAA